AUGGCUAUCAGAGCAAAGCAGCCUGGAUCCGACGCUGCAACUGGAACACCCGUGAAGAACCACUUGCACGGCUCAAGUGAACAGGGUCCCAGCAAAGGACCGGCAUCCUUGUCAAUCAUCCACGGGCCGAAAACACCUGCGCUCUGGACGCAAAGGCUGGGCGACCUGAUCGACGAGCGUGCCCGACAAAAUGGGGACCGCGUGGCCGCGGUGUUUCCAUGGCAGAAACACCGCCUGUCGUUCGAGCAUCUGGCCGACCGCAGCAGGCUGCUGGCCAAGGCGAUGCUCGAGGCCGGGCUGAAGCACGGCGACACGGUCGGCAUCAUGGCCGGCAACUGCUAUCAGUACCUCGAGGUCUUUUCCGGCGCUGCCAGGAUCGGAUGCCCGUUCGCCGUCUUCAACAACACCUAUACCCCCAACGAGCUCUGCCAGACCCUGUCCGUCAGCUCUUGCAAGCUCCUCUUCAUCGCCCCGAGUAUUGGCAAAAAGUCUCUUUCGCCUCACAUCCAGGCUGUGUGUGGGAAGUCAGAAGCAGUGUCAGAACUGCAGAGGGUCGUUCUUCUCUCCACCACCAAGCCAACCGCCUUUUCCUCUCCCGUGCGCGAGACGCUACUGUACAAUGUGUUUGCCGACAAUGGCCACUCCAUCUUCAUGAACAAUGCCACCUUGCGAAGGGCCGAGCGCCAAGUCAAAAACACGGAUGUGCUCAAUCUACAGUUCACUUCAGGAACUACCGGAGCCCCUAAAGCUGCAAUGCUGACGCACUUCAACCUCAUCAACGACGGCCGGUUUUUCGGUGACGGACUGAACCUGACGGCCCGGGAUGUGGUGUGUUCUCCGCCACCCCUGUUCCAUUGUUUCGGGCUUGUGAUGGGGUUCUUGGGAUCAUUAACCCACUCGAGCACUGUCGUCAUGCCGUGCGAUCAAUUCGACCCGGAUCUGGUGCUCGACGCCAUCGUGCAACAGAAAUGUACGGUCCUUCUGGGAGUGCCGACCAUGUUCAUCGCCGAAAUGGAAGCCAAUCGACGAAAAGGGAAAGGCUACAAGAUUGACACCCUGCGGCUGGGGCUCGCCUCGGGCUCCCCGGUCCCCGUGCCGCUGAUGAAGGAGCUGCGGCAAGAACUGGGCGUGCAGAAGACACUGAUUGCCUACGGCAUGACCGAGACCAGCCCGGUCACGUUCAUGACGCCGAUCGACGACCCGGACGAACGCCGUGCCACCACGGUCGGUAAGGUCUUCCCUCAUACCUCGGCCAAGAUCAUCGACCGCAAUGGCGAGAUCGUGCCGCGCGGCGUGCCAGGCGAGCUGUGUACCAGCGGUUUCGCCCUACAGAAGGGAUACUGGAAGAACCAGGAGAAGACUGCGGAGGCGAUGAAGGUCGACCGAGACGGCGUGCGAUGGAUGCAUACGGGCGACGAAUGUGUCAUUACCGAGGAUGAUUAUUGCAUCGUUACGGGGAGGAUCAAGGAUCUCAUCAUCAGAGGCGGCGAGAACAUUGCUCCCGUGGAAAUCGAGGAUCGGCUACUCGAGCACGACGCCAUCGCCGAGGCCAGCGUCGUCGGGCUCAAAGACCCCAAGUACGGCGAAGUGGUCGGCUGCUUUCUGCGACACGCGGGCGACACUGAUGCCAGGCCCAGGCCCAGGCCCGAACCUGCAGAGAUCCAUCAGUGGUGCAGACAGCAGCUGGGGUCACACAAGGCCCCGGCGCAUGUGUUUUGGAUCGGCGAUUCGGGCGUGGGUGAUGAUUUCCCUAAGACGGGCAGCGGGAAACAUCAGAAGCAUGUUUUGCGCGCGCUGGGCAACCAGUUGGUCGAGGCCAAGUCCAAGUCCAAGACUGGGCUGGAGGCGAAGGUGAAGGCGAAAUUAUAG